CCUCCUCCAAUCACGACACGUUCGGAGCCGACCGGAAGUCGGGCCGUAAUCCGCGCCGCGACCGUCGUAAACGCGCCGAUCGCCCCUAGCGACGGGCAACGCGGCGAAGAUGGCGGCGCUAGCGGCGGCGGAGGCCGCGGCGCCCCGAGGCCCCGCCGAGGCGGCGGAGGCGGCCGAGACGGCGGAGCUGAGCCGCGCCCUGAGCCGCCUGCUGCCCGGGCUGGAGGCCGACAGCAAGCUGGUUUUAGAGGUGCUCUUUGGGUUGCACGCCUGUUUCUGCGCCUGUCCUGGUGCCGGGCAUGCAAAGCGGUGCUUGGCAGACCUGAGCCUCAUGCCAUGCCUGCCACAGGGACUUCGGUGGGGGAGGAGGGAAGUCCUCCUGGGUGUCCAUGGACUGGGCCAGGGCGGAGGCACAGAGGGAGCAGCACUGGUAACUGGUGACCUUCCCUGUCCCACAGAUCACUUCCACAUGCAGUCGGAGUCUCUGAUCGGCCCCCUGAUGCAGACCAUCUCCCACCAGCACUGGAAGGUUCGGGUGGCCGUCAUCGAGGCCACAGGCACAGUGAUCCAGUUCGGCAGUGGGAAGUCAGUGGAUGACGUGCUUCCUCACUUCGCUCAGCGGCUCUUUGACGACGUCCCCCAGGUCCGACAGGCAGUGACGUGCGUGGUGGGGGGCUGGCUGCUGGAUCUGCGGGACCGGUACUCCUUCUUCCCCAAGCUGAUCCCACUGCUGCUCAGCAGCCUGGAGGACGAGAUGCCGGGCGUCGCGCACACGGCCGCCAGCCUCUGGGAGAAGGUCGGCCUACAGUGGCAACAGGAGAACGAGGAGGAUCUCAAAGACAAGCUGGACUUCGCCUCUCCGCCUCCCGCCCACCACCCCUCACCAGAGACCCGCCCAGGGUUGGGCUGCCGGGAGCUCAUCUUCAGAAACUUGUCCAAGAUUCUUCCUGCCAUCUGUCACGACAUCACCGACUGGGUGGUGGGGACCAGGGUGAAGUCGGCGCAGCUGCUGGUGGUGCUGCUGCGACACGCAGAGGACCACACCACACAGCACCUGGAGGUCGUGCUCAGAACCCUGCUCCACGCCUGUGCUGACGACGAGGGGGCUGUGGUCAGCAGCUGCGUCAGGUCCGCAGAGCUGAUCGGGGCGUUCGUCAGCCCGGACGUCUUUCUGAGGUUGAUGUGGCCCAUGCUGAAGAAGUCGCCCUCCGCCUCCGGCCUCCUGGUCCUCGCUUCUGUCAUCCGGGGUUGCCCUGGGGAAGCCCUCCAGCCACACCUGAAGGCCAUCGCCACGGAGCUGGCCCACACCCACAUCUGUCAAGGGGCUGAGAACCGCGAGUACGGGGAGAACUUGCUGCUCUGUGUGCGGGCUCUGGUGGCCGUGUGCCGCGAAGACUGCAGAGGGUCCAGCCUGCAGCUCAUGGAAGUGCUGGUGACCAUACUGGCGUUCGCGGGUGCCACAGGCCUCGGCGACGAGGUUCAGGAGACCAUGGCCGCACUGGCCGCGGUGAAUGGUGGUGACAGCCAGGACCUCUACCAAGAGCACGUGGGCCCUCUCCUGGAGUGGCUGGCCAGGUCCCACCAUGACUGGACUGUCCACUCUGCAGAGCUGCUGCAGUUUAACGUGCUGGUCACCCAGGCAGGCCCUGCCCUCGGAGCAGCGCUACCCUACCUCGUCCCCAUCCUCCGGAGCUGCCUGCAGCCCGCCAGGGACCCGCAGAUGCGCCUGAAGCUCUUCUCCGUCCUGUCUCGGGUGCUGCUGAGAGCAAAGGAGACCCUGGACUCCCACGGGCAGUUUCACAGCUACCUUGACACCGUGAUAAUGGACAUCUUGGUCCCCAAUCUGCAGUGGCACGCGGGGAGGACAGCCGCAGCCAUCCGCACGGCAGCUGUGUCCUGCCUUUGGGCGCUCAUCAGCAGCGAGGUCCUGUCGGCCACACAGAUACAGGACGUGCAGAGGACGCUGAUGCCCCAAGUUCUGACCACCCUGGAGGAAGAUUCUCAGACGACUCGACUGACCUCAUGCCGAAUCAUUAGCGUAUUUUUAGAAGCCUCUGGUGGUGCGAUUGAUCCAGAUAAAUUCACCAAGAUUUAUCCUGAACUGUUAAAACGCCUGGAUGACGUUUCCAAUGACGUGAGGCUAGCGGCUGCCUCUGCCUUGGUCGCCUGGCUGCAGUGUAUCAGAAAGGAUGCCGGGAAGUCUCAGUCCCAGAGUGACAUUCAGCACCUGUACAGGGAGCUGCUCGUGUACCUGGAUGACGCCGAGAGCACUGUCCAGGACGCGGUCUUGGAGGUCCUCAAAGCAGGUAGUGUCCUGUUCCCUGACCUGCUGGUGACAGAGACGGAGGCCGUCAUGCACAAGCAUCGCUCUCCCGCCUACUGUGAGCAGCUCCUGCAGCACGUACAGCCCAGGGCAUCUGCACAGUGACCGGAGCUGCAUGGCUGCAGCUGGGAUGGGCUCCGACGCAGACCUCAUGCUCACCCCCCGCCUCCUCAGUUCCCCCAGGAUUUGUAGCCUUUGAGCCUCCUAGCAGGGCACCUUCUUGUCAGCAGCCUGAGAUGCUCAGAAGACGACUGACAGCGAGAAGAAUGUAUUUCCUAAGAAAAGAGUCCAGUUUUCUCCUGGGAAGCUUUUCAAACUCAGCAGCUUAUGAAGUAACAUUCACUGAGUGGCUCUAUGUUUUUAUGUCUUUUUAUACAGUUCCUUGAGAAGUCCACCAAAGAUCUACAGCUAACUGGAAAUUAAAACUGUGAGCUGUGCAUACUGGCGGCCACAUCAGCUCUCGCGUGCUCUCCUAAGGCCACUGCUAGGUUCGUGGAUUGUCGGGUCUGUGUGGCUUAAAUGUCCACCAAGAGAGUUCCCGACCAUUUUUUUUAAAGCCAAAGGGAUUAAAAAGAAAUUCCAUUUUUUCUUUAGAUUCUGACUACUGACAUUUACUGUCUCAGUGAACAGACUAAAAGGAAUUUGAAAUCUUAAGAACUAUCAUCAGUGAAAAUUUUCCCAUUUAAAAUGUUAUGGAACUUAAAAUGUUAUGUGAUAUAUUUGGUCACAGUAUUUUUUUAGGUCAGUAAUGCUAACAGUGUUGAAAUAGAAUAUUUAAUAAGAUACAAUUUUGGUUGCUCUCUUGUAAGUAAUGGUAAAGUAAAAUUGUAUUUUAUUCUCUAGCACUUUCUACACCCAAGUGCCUAAAAGAUUUCAUUUUAAGUGCUUAUUAUUUCCAGAAGCCAAAUAUAUAUGCUAACACAAGGGGAAAAUGCUGUAUGUAUUUUCCACAAUCAGAUAUUAACAUUUAUGCUUUGGUGUUUGAAACUUAAUAAAUAUAUUUAUUAUAA